AUCGAAAUGUUCUACACGCAUUUGAAAACUUACAUUUCAUUCAGUAAAGACAACAUGAACAAAAUCAAGUGGCGAGUUGCACAGUUCCUAAUGCUUGUCUCGAUGGCGAUUUUCAAUUUAAUGAGUGUAUCGUCCGAGAAGAUAUCGACAGAUGAUACCUUUGUGUGCGGUUUUCCAAUGGUGACGAAAAUGCAAGAAUUGAUGUUGGGCUUCACGGAAAUGAAAAUUGACAUCAAAUUUCUGAAGAAAAAGAUUGUCCACCUGUCUAAAGAAGUGUCCUAUCUUAGAAAGGCAAAUAAAAAUCUGAGAGAGGGGCACCGACGGCUUAAUGUUUCAUUGAAGCAUCUAAAGAGUACCUGCUCUGGGGUUAUGAAAACGGAUGAGAUAAUGAAGAGACUUUCUCUCAAGGAUUGCGCCUCCAUUUUGAAACAUAACCCCAAAACACGUGGCAAAAAUGGAGUGUACACGAUUUACCCAGAGUUCAACACGAAGGCGGAAGUUUAUUGCGACAUGACAACAGAAGGAGGAGGCUGGACAGUAAAAAGAGUCGACGGUUCCACCGAUUUCUACAGAACUUGGAAGGAAUAUAAAGAAGGAUUUGGAAAACCGACCAAGAACUACUGGAUAGGAAAUGACGUGAUUCACGCAUUGACGAAGGACCGUCACCAAGGGUUGCGUGUGGACUUACAGAGGUUUAACGGAAACAGAGGUUAUGCUAAAUACUCAGCCUUCUACGUUGGUAACGAACGCCUGGGUUAUAAGCUGAUAUUAUCGGGCUAUUCCGGAACAAUUGGAGACGCUCUGAGUGGUCAUAACGGAUACAAAUUCUCCACCAAGGACCGCGACAAUGACAUUUACGGUGGUAGCUGUUCCAAUUUAUAUUUUGGUGGAUGGUGGUACCGAAAAUGUCAUUACAGCAAUCUAAACGGACAGUAUACUAAUUCUAGAAGAGUGGGCGACAUGUAUCCGACCUGGAGUAAGUGGCUGGGGAGAAACGAGGCUUUGAAGACAACUGUCAUGAUGAUACGAUCCUGAAAACAUUAAAUUAUAUGCUGCAACACCAUGAUGAGCGCGACCUUUGGCUAACUGUUUGAUAUCGGUGCAUCCAUGUACGAAAAAAUGUGGAAUUAAAUUCUUAUCUGAAUAAAUGUGUUAUGUUAAUUUUAGCUCACCCGAGAUGAAAGCUCAAGGAGGCUUUUCAGAUCACCUUUUAUCUGUCCGUAAACGUUUCCCAUUUUUAUCUUCUCCAGAACCACUGCGUCAAUUUCAAUUAAACUUGGUACAAAUCAUCCUUGGGUAAAGGGGAUUAAAUUGAAAAGAAAGACCCCCCCCCAAAAAAAAAUGAAGGACCAUACCCCCUUCAGAGGGGAAAUUGAUAUGUUCGGUCAAAGGUGCAUAGGAACUCAUUAAAAAUUGUGGAAGUUUGUUAUUGAAAUGAGCAGAACAAGUUUUGUUGUUCAGGCAAAGAAUCAUAACUCUUGCCAUCAAUUUUGACAAUAUCCCCCGAAUACCUGUUAUGACACUUGCUUUUCUGAUCCCUGUAUAAUGUUAUAGGUCGGAACAAAGCCUUAAUAUAGCGCAGCAGGAUUUACUAACAAAACACAAUUAAACAAUUGAUAAUAUCUAUUUACAAUUAAUAAUUAAAAGAAAAUUGUAUCAACAGCAAAAUACUAACUUUCGGUAGUUGAACAAUAAAUCCAAACAGAAUCUACACACACAAAAAAUAGUGAUUCCAAAAUCCUAGUUCCCAGGAUAAUAAUCCAAAAUGCACAAAAAGUGUCUAACCAGAGGUUUUUU